GGACCACCGGGCGUGACUGCAAUCGCUCUCGUUAGCCAUGGUACUAUGCGCUGUAUUUGGGUGCUCGAACCGCAGCAAAACCAAGAAGAGACGGCAGUCGGCGAACACAAAUCUAUUUCGCUUGCCAAAGGUCGUGCACAAUCAGUGCGACCGCACGAGAACACUCAGUGCGAAGCGGCGCAGUCUGUGGCUGGCACGUAUCAGACGCGCCGAUCUCGACACCAACCGUGCCGAUAUCCGAGUCUGCGGCGCUCAUUUCGUAUCAGGCAGGCCAUCAAAGCUGUGGGAGGAGACGAAUCCCGAUUGGGCACCGUCGCUUCUGCUCGGAUACGGCUCGCGUCAUGCAGACCCUGCGCGCUACGACCGCGCGAAAAGACGGCGCUUGCAGAAAGAUGAAGCUGAUGCGGCGUCAGCGGCAGUGUCGGCGGCAAUCGCAGAGUCGAUCGGCACCGAUACCGGCGACGCAGUGGAAGGCCAGCCACCACCGGGAGACGAAGACGAAAGCGGUACCGAAGAAAAUGCGCCUGGAGUCGCUGCGCAGACGGAGCUAACCUCGGUGGGCCUCCAAGCUUUGGAAACGCAGUGUCUCGCGCUCAACGAGGCCCUUUACACUGCCCGCAGCGAAAACGAGCAGCUGCAGCUGUCAAAAGCAGCAUUUCAAGGAUGUGAGGCAAAAGUAAUUUUUUACACAGGAAUGCCGAACUUCACACAGUUAAACAGCUUGUUUGAAGUUCUUGAAUCCCAUGUGUCACACAAUGUAAAUAAUUCAUUGUCAAAGUUUCAAGAGUUCAUUUUGUUUUUGAUGAAGUUGAAGCUGAAUCUGCACAAUGUUGACUUGGGCUUCAGAUUUGGGGUGUCUGAAGCUACAGUGUGUAGAAUAUUUGAUAAGUGGCUGCACUGUGCAUACUGUCGACUUAAGACCCAAAUUGUGUGGCCAGAUCGAACAGCACUGCGUCGUACAAUGCCACAAGCGUUUUACGAUGCAUUUGGUGAUGAUGUGUCAGUCAUCAUCGAUUGUUUUGAACUAAAGAUAGAGCGGCCAUCGUCAUUCCUGCCAAGAAGUGAAACUUGGUCCCAGUAUAAAGGCAGCAAUACGGCCGAAGUUCCUAAUCGGCAUUGCUCCUACAGGUGCUGUCACCUUUAUAUCUGA